GACGGGCUUGCAUAUAGAAAGUGUGGCUCGAGAGAGAGAAAGAGAGAGAGAGGAGCAGAAAGGCGCGCGGCGGGCUGUGCUGUGCUGUGCUGUGGGCUUGACCCUGUGUUGAGGAGAACAGGGUGGGGGUCCACGAGGACUGGUCUCGGUUCGGGUCCUCGGUCCGAAGAUCGGCGGUGACUUUUAUUGGUGAAAGCGGGAGAAGGACUUCCGAUUUACCGCGGCUGUGCAUCGCGGCGUAUAUGCGCCUGUUCUGCGGAGGGAUUUUCCACAGCGGCCGGGAUUUCUAUGUUUUUCUAAUCGCAGUUUUAGACACGACACGACCGAUCAAACGGAGCCGCCGCUGCUGCUGGUGUUCGCUGCUGCUGUUCGCUGAUGGACACGCUGAAGAGCUCGUGCGGAUCUCAACUGCCACCACUGUGACACUGGUGCUUUUUCAGAGCCAGCUGGUUCCAGUGUUAUUGCUGUUUUCCUUUCGAGAAAAGCAGCAUAAGGAGGAGACUAUAGGCUCUAUAGGACCAGCAACUGACACUGCAGAACCUCUGCCACAUGCAGCUGAACAUCUGGAAGCAGAACAUCUAGAUUCAGAACCUCUGGAUCAGACCAUAGCAGCUCUCUGCAUUUGCAUAUUGUUUUCCAGCUCCCUUUUUUGUGUGUGAUGGGAGCGCAACAUGUAUUUCCUGUGUAUGGUUCCUUUUUCUCCCUCCCUCCCUCUCUCUCUAUCUCUCUACACCUAUCUCUCCCUUUUCCUUUCCACUAAGACUGAGGAUGGCUGUGUAAUAACUGGAUAAGCACUGGAGGAAGAAGUUGAAGAUGACAACAACGCCAGCAACGCCAACAAGUGAGAUCUGGUCUCAAUGGAAGUCGCUAUUCUAUACAGGAUACUACUGAGGUAUAGGCUACAGCAUCCGGCCUGCAAAGCCAUUUUGAUAAGGCCACACUAGCUAUCUGCGCACUGGAGCCACUGCAAGCCUUGCCUUCCAGGCAUUUCCCUCGUGACUGCCCUCCUCUUGCUAUUCUGUCAGCCACCUGUGUGUCUACAUGUGAUUUCAUCAUUUGCACCUCGAGUCACAUCCCCAAAGGCUUCAACACAAAAAUCUUGUUUCCACAAUCUGUCCUCAUCGCUCCCUCGCUGAGUCCCGAGUCCUGAGUGUUCAUUGUCCAUGCAAGACGAGGUCACCAUGGAAACCUGGACCUGGAGGGGCCGGUGGUGGCCACCUCGGCUGCAUCUUGGACAGGAUGUACACAGAGUGAGACACAUGUAAAAACAAGAAAAGAAAACAAAGCAUCUUGGUUUGUGGCCAAACUGUCAUUUCUCCUUACCCUAAGUGUCAACUGCAGCCGUAAGAGCUUUACCAUGGACUUGCUGAGCACGUUUCUGACAGGCGAGGUGCGGAACAGGGUGUUCAUUUAAGUCCAGCUCAUACAGACACAGUGUUUCUUGCUAAUAACAUCAUCCCACCUGCCAAAGUGUUAACCCUUCAUCUUCUUCCCUGUCCUCGAUGUCGAUGGUUUAAUGUCGCAAACCUCAAGACAUGACAAUCAGGAGCCCGCGCUGAAUCCACUUGGCCUAUGCACUCCUCAGGUCUGAAGCUUGUUUGACACAGGAAAUAAGAGGUUACCAGGCAAACAAGCACAAUGUACUGUUAAAGGUCUGUCUUCGUAAAUGUUUGCAGGACACCCAAAAUAUUAAUUUCUGUAUUUUCUGUGAAUUAUUUGCCCUAAAAAUGCCUAGGAACAGGGCCUUCUCUGAGCCAGAGUACUCUGCUGAGUACUCAGCGGACUGCUCCGUCACACUGCCGUCUGACCCCGGACAGGCCGUGGGACGCACCCAUGAGGUGACAGUGCGCAGCUCAGGCUGCUGCCUGUGCCUGCCACGGUUCAUGCUCCUCACCUUUGCACCGGACUCUUUGGAGAAUCUCUAUCAGACCUAUUUUCGCAGGCAGCGGCACGAAACCCUCUUGGUGCUGGUGGUGUUUGCGGCCCUGUUUGACUGCUACGUCAUAGUAAUGUGCACUGUGGUCUACACCAGCGACAAGCUGGCAUCUGUGGCCGUUGCGUCUGUAGGCCUGGCCGCAGAUGUCUUGCUCUAUCUACUAUGCCGCUAUGGCCUACUGCCAGAGCGCAUCUCCCGCAGACUGGUGCCCUAUGCCCUCUGGGUGCUCAUAGCUGCCCAGAUCUUCUGCUACCUGGGACUGAACUUUGCUCGCUUCCACCAGGCCAGCGACACGGUCGGCUGGCAGGCCUUUUUCUGUUUCUCCUUCUUCUUGACGCUGCCAUUAAGACUGACACCCAUAGUUCUCAUCACAACUGUGUCCUGUGGGGUGCACACCCUGGUAUUGGGGGUCACCAUAGCUCAGCAGCAACAGGAAGACAUCCAGGGAGCUGCUCUUGGAAGACAGCUACUGGCCAACAUCCUGAUCUACCUAUGUGCCAUCACAGUGGGGGUCAUGUCAUAUUACAUGGCUGACCGCAAACACCGCAAGGCCUUUCUGGAGGCCAGGCAGUCUUUGGAGGUGAAGUUGAACUUGGAGGAGCAGAGCCAGCAGCAGGAGCGUCUCCUGCUGUCCAUUCUGCCCAAGCACAUAGCAGAUGAGAUGCUACAGGACAUGAAGAAAGAAGCCAGUCAGAAGGAGAUGCAGCAGUUCAACACCAUGUACAUGUAUCGGCAUGAGAAUGUCAGUAUUCUGUUUGCGGACAUUGUGGGCUUCACACAACUCUCCUCCUCCUGUAGUGCACAGGAGCUUGUCAAGCUGCUUAAUGAGCUGUUUGCCCGUUUUGACAAGCUGGCUGCCAAAUACCACCAGUUGAGGAUUAAGAUCCUCGGGGAUUGCUACUACUGUAUCUGUGGCCUUCCAGAUUACAGAGAAGACCAUGCAGCCUGCUCCAUAAUGAUGGGAUUAGCCAUGGUGGAAGCUAUUUCGUAUGUUCGAGAAAAGACGCAGACAGAUGUGGAUAUGCGUGUUGGGGUGCACUCUGGGACAGUUCUCGGUGGAGUGCUGGGACAGAAACGCUGGCAGUAUGAUGUGUGGUCCACAGAUGUGACAGUGGCAAACAAAAUGGAGGCUGGGGGGAUUCCUGGGCGAGUGCACAUCUCUCAGAACACACUAGAAUGUCUUCAUGGGGAAUUUGAUGUGGAGCCAGGGAACGGGGGUGACCGCUGUGAAUACCUAAAGGAAAGAGGCAUCGAGACGUAUUUGGUUGUCGUUCCUAAGGGCCCCAUAAGCAAAAAUGGCAUAAAUGGAGUAAAGCUGUCAGUGACUUCCUCAAAUGGGAACUCUCCACUGUUGAUCAACACUACAGAGUGUAACGGCAGUGUGCACACAGCCUGCACUACACCCGAGGAGCCAGAGGAGCUGGACGCACGGGUGGUGAACCCCUCGUUCCCGAACCCUCGACGACGUCUUCGUUUGCGAGACCUGGCCGAAAGGGUGAUUGAUGCUCAGGAAAACGAGCAGGAACUGAAUAAACUCCUAAAUGAGGCUCUGUUGGAGAGAGAGACAGUGCAGGCACUAAAAGGAAAGUACACAAACCGUCUGUCCCUGCGCUUUGUGGAGCCUGACCUGGAGACACGCUUCUCCGUGGAGAAGGAAAAGCAGAGUGGGGCUGCUUUCAGCUGCUCCUGUGUGGUGCUGCUCUUCACUGCAGUCAUUGAGGCUCUUAUAGACCCUCUGUUGAUAGCUAACUAUGUGACUCUUGCUGUGGGGGAAGUCGUAUUGCUCAUUCUCACCAUCUGCUCCCUGGCGGCCAUUUUCCCACGGGUAUUUCCUAAAAGGCUGGUUUCAUUCUCCACAUGGAUCGAUCACACACGCUGGGCGCGCAACACUUGGGCUAUGGCUGCCAUUUUCAUCCUCACACUGGCAGACAUAAUAGACAUGCUAAGCUGUCGGCCACCUCUGCCCCCUGCUACAAACUCAGUGACAGAAGGUUCUCCAGCCCCAGUGGGACUGAGGGGCUGCCUGGAGAACCCCAAAUACUACAGCUACGUAGCCGUAUUAGCGCUGAUUGCCACUACCAUGCUGGUGCAGGUCAGCCACAUGGUGAAGCUCACUCUCAUGCUGCUGAUCACAGUGGCCACAGGUGUGGUAAACAUCUACAGCUGGAGGGAUAUCUUUGACCAGUAUGAUCUGGUACGCUAUGAGGAGUACAGAGUUUACCUCGUGCCCUCUAAAUACACAAUGACUGUGAUGAUCUUCAUCAUGAUGGUCAGCUUCUACUACUUUGCUCGACAUGUUGAGAAACUGGCCCGCACAUUGUUCCUGUGGAAAAUUGAGGUGCAUGAGCAGAAGGAGAAAGUGUAUGAGAUGAGGCGCUGGAACGAGGCUCUGGUCACCAACAUGCUUCCGGAGCAUGUCGCUCGCCACUUCCUGGGCUCCAAAAAGAGGGAUGAGGAGCUGUACAGCCAGUCUUAUGAUGAGAUUGGGGUUAUGUUUGCCUCUAUCCCUAAUUUCUCCGACUUCUAUACGGAAGAGAGUAUCAACAACGGGGGUAUCGAGUGUCUGAGGUUCCUCAAUGAAAUCAUCUCUGACUUUGAUAGUCUUCUGGAUGAACCUCAGUUCCGCUGUAUCACCAAGAUUAAGACUAUCGGCAGUACCUACAUGGCAGCAUCAGGGGUCAAUCCUGACAACAACACUAAUGGCUAUGCUUGCAUGAAGAAAGAAGAACUGUCUGAUAGGGAACGCUGGCAGCACUUGGCUGAUCUGGCAGAUUUUGCGCUCUCCAUGAAGGUUACCCUCAUGAACAUCAAUUACCAGUCAUUUAACAACUUCAUGCUUCGGAUUGGGCUAAACAAAGGUGGUGUUCUCGCUGGAGUCAUAGGGGCUCGAAAGCCUCAUUUUGACAUUUGGGGGAACACAGUUAAUGUGGCCAGUCGCAUGGAGUCUACUGGGGUGAUGGGGAACAUCCAGGUGGUGGAGGAUUGCUAUAACAUCCUAAAGGACUACGGCUUCCGUUUUGUCAGGAGGGGACCGAUCUUUGUGAAGGGGAAAGGGGAGCUCCUCACCUAUUUUCUGAAAGGACGGGAAAAACAGGGUUCCUUCAUCAACGGCUCUUCUGUCACAUUGCCUCACCAGGUCGUGGACAGCUCUUGACCAACACAUGUACAACCCACACUGGUACAUGAAGCUUAUUAAUUAAAAUGAAUGAUUCUCCUAACACACCAGAUACACACAAAGUAAAACUUCCUAAGGUAAAUCCAUGUGUUGGAGCUUGAGAGGGACGCAGAGCUCAGAAAUGGAGUGAAACAUGAGAUUCCCUCUGGAUACACUGGAGAAUUACAGGGUCAUGCUGUACUUAGACCUUUUUCAGCGAAUGAUUGCCUAAAUAAAUGAGUGCUGAAUGAAUGACUGAAUGAUUGAAUGAAUGUCUUUCCAAAAAGAUUUGAUCUGCUGAAGCAGUAACCAUUGUUUAACAGUACUCUUGUGAUCAUACCACACAAACACACAGAGUACACACAGUGGAUAGUUACUCAUUACAACACGAUUGUAUAUUACACACUUUAAUGCUUUUAAAUCUGAGACUUAAACUGCUCCUCUAUCGGUUGUUGUUAAAAAAUUAUAUUGUAAAUCUAAUGUUUAUUUAAUUGUUUUUUUUAUAUAAUCUGAGGAGUAUGAUUUAAAGCAUGUGGAGGUAAGCAUACUGAAUGCCUCUGCCUCUCACAUGUACAUGUAUGUGUGUAUGUGUGCAGAUGUGUGCAUGUAAAAGUAUGUGUGUGUCCUCACCUGCUGUUCCCAAUGUGUAUGUGUCUACUCCCUUUUAUUUUGUGGACUUUACAGCCAUUUACAUUUACAGCCAAUCUACAUUUUUCUACCCAGAUAAAAGUGUUUAUAGUGCUCCACACAACAAGUGCCACAACAUCACUAUGUACGUGUCCUGUAUGUAUGCUACUCUGGGGUGUUUGACGUGUCACUGUGAGCAGGUUAAAUGCAGGUGUGUAUGUACAGUAUGCAUGCACUAUACAAAAGUGCAACAGGGGUUAAGACUUUGGGCAGUAUUGGAGGAAUGGGUGUUUCUUAGCUCAGACUAUAUUCCCCUCUAAGUCUUUCCUAAAAGAUUAGAUGAAUGUGCAAUAGUUUAUUCUUUUACGAUCCUCUGUUCUCCUUUGCAAAAAAACAAAACAAACAAAAAAAAAAUCAUUCUUCUCCCUGUAAGUCAUAUUUUUAUAUUAUGAUUGUAUAUGUUUUAUUCUAGCUAAAGAGUAUUGUGCAGUGUGAGCAGAUAUAGGACAGGAGUGGUGUGCCUGACCACACUGCACAGGGUUUCCUCUGUAAUUCAUUGCAGAUGUCAGGGAUAUUGUAUGAGAAACCACAGACAGCAUUGCAAUUGUUUCUGCAUCCCCAUGUGUUGUAAUGGAAUGAAGGAAUAGUAUGAAUAUUGAUCUUUCUGGCCCGAUGCAGGAUUUUUCUGAAAUUUCAUUUGUAUUUUUGAAAUAUCCUCAGACAUGGGAAUAAAAUGGCACUUUGAAUGA